AUGCCUUUCUUGAUCUUCACGCUUCUCAUAGCAAGUAGUUUGUUUGUGUGCACAAAUGCUCAAAAUACAUGUGAGCCGCGCUCAGGACAGAAGGACACAUCCCUGCUUUUAGCUAGUCUUCGUCAGCAAAUGCAAAACGAAGGCAUUGGUGUUUAUGUUAUUUUUGCUGAUGAUGAGCAUGGAAGUGAAUACACGCAACCGUAUGAUAAGCGACGUGAUUGGAUUACUGGAUUUCGUGGAUCAGCAGGAACAGCGGUUGUUACUCUGAACAAAGCAGCGUUAUGGACCGAUAGUCGAUAUUUUACUCAAGCCGAAGAACAACUUGAUUGUGCCAAUUGGCUUUUGAUGAAAGAUAAAAAUCCGGGUGUACCAACUCUGAUCGAUUGGUUAGUGUCCGAAGCCAGUCAAGCAACUCUCCCACCCGGUACGACUACUGUUUUUACUAGUACAUCAUGGUGGUCAUCCGCCAGCAGUGCAUUAAAAGCGAUUGGAAAGGAACUUCGUCCUGUCGAUGAUUUGGUUGGUCGUAUCUGGCCAGCUAAUGAACGGCCUGUCGAAUCUCAAAAUCCAAUUGUGAAGCACGAUCUUCGAUAUGCAGGAGAAGAUGUUCGUCAAAAAUUGAAUCGCGUUACCACAGAAAUCAAACGGUUAGGAGCAACAGCUACUGUAAUUAGUGCACUUGAUGAAGUAGCAUGGCUGUUUAACCUACGUGGUUCGGAUAUUCCAUACAAUGCAUUUUUUAAAUCAUAUGCAAUUGUCUACGUUGACUACGAAGAAUCCAUACCUGAACUGUUCGUUAAUUUAGCACAACUGGAUCCAUCGAAUAGGCCAGAUUUUGUACGCGUUUCAAAUAUAUCGAAGUUCUUGCCACGUUUGAGCACAAUUGCUUCAGAUUCGAGUGUUGGCAAAAUUUGGAUUAGUCCACGAGUAUCGCAAGCAAUCUAUAGUUCGAUUCCAGAAAGCAAAAUUAGGAUGCCACUGGCAAAUUCGCCUGUACAACGCGUCAAGGCGAAAAAAAACGCACAAGAACGAAAAGGAAUGCAAGAUUGUCAAGUGCGAGAUGCUGUGGUUCGUAUGAAACAUCUUGGAUGGAUUGAACAACAACUGAAUGAGGGAAAGUCAAUCAAUGAAACUCAAUCUUCUGAUCAAUUACUUGUAUAUCAACAGCAACAGGAUCUUUUUCAAUUUCCUAGUUUUGCAGCCAUAUCAGCAGCCGGUGAUCGAGCAGCCGUUGUUCAUUAUCGUGCCGAACCAGAAACUGCUAAAUUUAUUACCAAAAAUGAAGUCUACCUACUUGAUGCGGGCAGUCAAUACCUUGAUUGCACCACAGAUAUCACACGAACACAUCAUUUCGGUACUCCGAAAGAUUUAGAAAAACGUGCUUAUACGCGCGUCUUGCAAGGUGUACUCGAUAUUGCGAAUGCUGUUUUCCCCGUGGGAACGUACGGUCGAUCACUUGACCAUCUAGCUCGUAUGCAUUUGUACAGAGAUGGAAUGGAUUUUGGACAUGGGACAGGACAUGGCAUUGGCCACUAUUUGAGUGUACAUGAAGGACCACAACGAAUUGCAUCCGCAUAUUCUCAAUAUGAAGAGACUUUAGCUGAUGGAGUGUUCCUAUCUGACGAGCCUGGUUUCUAUAAACCAAAUGAUUUUGGCAUUCGUAUUGAAAAUGACAUGGAAGUUGUAUUGGCAAACAAGAGUACAUAUGAUAACAAGCAAUACUUGCGGUUUAAUACCAUCACAUUAAUACCAUAUGAACGAUCAUUGAUUGAUGAAACUUUAUUGACCGAUGACCAUAUUGCUGCUAUCAAUACUUACCAUCAAAAAGUCUCGGAAAUCUUAGAACCACUUCUCAAAAAUGAUGAGUCAGCGUUGAAAGCAUUACGCACUCGCACUGUUGCUAUUAAACCUGUGCCGCCAGCAGAAAGCAAAACACUAAUGAUGCGAAGUUCUCCCAUUGUCAUCAUAUUGAUGUUCGUUUUAACCGUAUUUUUUUAA